UCAUCAGUGAGAAUUACUGGAGUUUUAGCCGCUGACUGCUUCCAUUUUUCGAGCAGAUUUGAAAGAACUUUUUUCCUUUUGGAUGACGCCGAAAUUGCGCGUCGCAGAAGUGUGACUCGAUUGUACCUUUGAACUUUGACUCACACCAAAAUGGAGUCGUCUCCCCACCAGCAGUACUGCCUCCGUUGGAACAACCACAGUGCAAAUCUCCAAUUAGCCUUUCACGACCUCCUCCAGAAGCAGGCAUUCACGGAUGUCUUGCUGGUGGUGGAGGACGGUGCUGGAACCACAUCGAUCAAAUGCCACAAGAUGGUUCUGGCAGCGUGCUCGACAUUCUUCGAGACCAUCUUCCGACAGGCCCCCUCCAACGAGCAGUACCUGAUGCUGCUGUUGCCAGGUGUCAAGGGCUGGGAGAUGGAGGCAAUCCUGGAGUACAUGUACCAGGGUGAGGUCUGCGUCCUUCAGGAGAGGAUCAACGACCUCCUGAAGGUGGCAAAGCUGCUGAAGGUCAAAGGCCUCAUCGACGACGACCCCCAGGACUCCCGUGACCUUGAGUCACCACCUCCGCUGAUCAGCAGCACUGAUUACAAAAAUUCCAACGGAAGGGACUUGCAAAAACUCCAAGGAUCACCCCCACAUUCUACGUCUGUUCCGUACUACUCGUACGCGACGUCGCCCACCCUCGGUGCAGCUGCUGGCUACAUGCCCUCACCAGGGUGGAACCACCUCUCCAAUCUUUCCCUAGCUGCGGAAUCCGUUCUCAAUCCCCUCCUGGCUCGGAGAUCGACGACACUCCUGCCAGCAGCUUAUGAAACCAGCGAGAGCGAACAGAACCGGGAGUCAGGAAUCUUGAGGACUGUUCUUGGCCAGAGCCAUGCAGACAGCUCACAGGGCAUGUCCACUGCAGAUGAUGCACUUGAGCUGACCGCUGGGCUCAACGGACACAGCGCCUUCACUGCUGAUGUCUCCGUGAAGAAGGGCACCAAGAGAAGGGCUUCGCAAGAGCAUCAACAGCGCAAGAGCAGUGGAAAAAACUACAAGCUGUACUCGAAAGAGCAGAUGGCCGAGGCGAUAAAGAAAGUCGAGAACGGCGAGUGCGCCUUGGCAGUAGCCACCGCCUUAGGUAUUCCAUCUCGCACCCUUUACGAUAAAGUAAAGAAAAUGGGGAUUAGGACCCAGCGAACUGGCAAACGCCAUCGCAGCGCCAGCAGCGCCCACUUUCCUCACGGAAUAGGGGGCAAUCGAAAUGGCGAUAUAUACAGAAGCAUGACAGAUCACGAUGACGCGUCAAUGGCUCUGUUGGACAUGGCUCAAGGUCAAGGUCGCCAGCCAUCAGAGUACUCUGAAAUUAGCCUGGAGAACGUGAAGAGAAGCCCUAGUCCGGCGACCCAAGAAGACGCUCUUCAGCCGUCCGAGAACUCUGACGCCAGUUCAACUCCUGAAGAUGACGGUACCAAGCAGGAUGACGAUGAUGUUCAGGAUCUCUCGGUCCAACGCACGAAUGUCAUAGUAUCGCCCGGCAAUCACCACAUCAAGGAGGAGAAGGAUGACUCACCCCAGGACUGAUUACGUGAGUCAUUACGGAAACUUUCGUAAGACUGAGAGGGACUGUAUCUUUUCUCUUCCCUUUGCCUGGAAGACAGACUGACAAUGAUAUGGUGUUUAGACUGAGAUUGACAAACCUCCAAUGAAAUCAUAACACGAAUAUCGGAAGAAUACUAUCGGUAUUCACAAUCAGAUGUAAAAUAUUUGGAAUUUUUAAAUUUUUUAUUCAGUUUUAUUUAUUUAUUUUACGUUUUGAUGAUGAGAAUCGUUGAGCAUGUGUCGCGAAAUGACGCCGCAACAUCAUCACAUAGAUUUAUAUGGUUAUAGAAAGUUAGAAAUAGCAGUGAAGAUUACCUGAGACAGGAUCACAACUCACUUGUUCUUCAUCUUCUUCCUAAUUUAAGGUUUCUUCGUUAGAUAGACAUUGGUUGGAUAGAAUCUUUCACGAAUACGUUAGGACAGUUAGCUUAAGAACGAUUGUGAUGUAAAUAUAGGAGAAUAUCGAAUACAACUCGUUGAAAAAAGCUCCCGGUGCCUUUUCAGCGAUGAGAGGAUGAACAAAUGAUGAUUGUAAACGAGCAUAAUUGAAAGAAAUAACAUCACAAGACGAUGCUGCCGAAAACUUUAAUAUUAGAAAUAGACGUUAACGAUGUAAACCGUAAAGAUCAAAUAGUGGCCUUGGGAUACUGUGGCAAUAUGUUGCUCAAUAGGCAAUUUACCGUAAACAAUAAAGUGGAAUCGGUCUCCAUACGAUAUAUAAGACUGAUAAUACGUUUAAUCCGUGAAUUCAUCGUCAUUGUGUUCCGUAAACAGUUACCACGGAGACUAUUAGAUAUUAGAUGCGAAGUUACCACCGAUAUUUAUGAACAUUUCAUUGUAACUCUUGACUUCAAAGAUGUUUGGACAAUGUAGGCUAUUUUAUCCUGUUGCAUUUGGCAUUCAUCCGGAAAUGUGGCACCACUGAGCAAAAGUUUCAACUUGUUCUCUCGCGAAGAUACUUUUAACAGAUUGUGAAAGAUAGAAGGGUGAGCGAUUGACCGUCCAACGGCAAGAAUCGUGACAACUCAUUGUAAUAAUGGGAAGUGUACCUUCUUACGUACUUACGCGAUCCCUAAUGUAUCGUACUCUUCGGUUGAAAAUUUAUCAAUGAAUAUUCUAAGCUUGUUAUUCACGCUAUUUUAUAGAUAUCCAUUCACUUUAACUAGACUAAUUUGUCAUAAAAACUGAGAGAUGAGUAAUCAUCGAUCAAUUAUUUUAAUAUGAUUGUUAAUCACUAGAUUAUUGUAAUGUAAUGUCUCGACACUAAGUACAAAGAAAGUGCCUAGAUUCUAUACUUCAUCGACUCUACCUCAGCAUUAUUGAUGAUACCAUAUUCGCAUGGAAUUAGCUGAUUUUACUCAGAAAUUGUAUUAGGUAGUGACUCCACUUGGAAUUGUGAGGAUAACUCACUGUUUGACAACUUUUCCUUG